AACAAUUGGUUUUGCGUUCAUCCUGCAAUCACCGCGUGCAAAAACCAAUCCAAUACACCAUUAGGCGCACCAGGUGUACCGCAUCAGCGAGUGAAAAUGUCGGGGUUGGUGGACGUCGAAGAGCUGGAGCGAGAUUGGUCCGAACUUUCGGACGAAUUUCGGAGCCUGGAGGCAGCUAAUCAGUCAUACCAGGAGCUGCACGAGCGGCUGGAAGAAAUGCAGGAAAAAUGCACAAAACAAAUUCAACACCAGCGCUACCGGAUGCGGCAAAUAUCCAAACAUCUUAAAACGUACUUGACCAAGGAGAGGCUAACGCAUACGAAUAAGGAAAAGUUGACGCAGCUUGAUAAAAGUAUCAUGAAGCGAAAAGCACAGAUACACGAGAUCGAACAAGGCUUACCGCAACAGAAUAGUCGAUACUUAAAGAUUAUUCUAGGUGACGUGAACGUAUCGAUAUUGAACCGUAACGAUAAAAUUCGUUAUAAGGAUGAGUAUGAAAAGUUCAAGCUCAUCUUGAACGUCAUUGGAUUAUUGCUUUCGUUUUUAAAUAUCUUGUUCAAUUAUCGUGCUUUGGAACUGGUGUUCCUGUUUCUAUUGGUCUGGUAUUAUUGUACCCUAACCAUACGAGAAUCGAUCUUGAAGGUAAAUGGUUCGCGUAUAAAGGGUUGGUGGCGUCUGCACCAUUUCAUUUCUACCGUUUGUGCCGGCGUGCUGCUCGUGUGGCCCCAAGGCGAACCAUGGCAACUCUUCCGGAACCAGUUUAUGUACUUUAACGUGUACAUCAGCCUGGUCCAGUAUAUGCAGUUCCGCUACCAGAAGGGUGUGCUGUAUCGGCUUAAAGCGCUCGGUGAAAGACAUAACAUGGACAUCACCAUCGAAGGCUUCCAUUCGUGGAUGUGGCGCGGGCUCAAAUUUCUCUUUCCAUUCCUGUUUGUAGGCUAUCUGUUUCAGUUCUAUAAUGCCUUUACGCUGUACCAGCUUACCGAGCAUCCGGAUGCGACCUGGCAGGUAUGUUAUAUGGUUGAUCUAUCAAAGCAUUCCCCUUUUAUAUUAAUCGGUUUCCAAUGUUCCUCGCUACAGAUACCUGUUUUGAGCAUUUUGUUCCUCAUUCUAUUUGUCGGUAACAGUCUAACGACGCUGCUUGUUAUACUGCAAAAGCAAACCGAACACACCGAGAAUCGAUAUCGAUUGAUGAGUCUGAUCGCUUCUAAAAGACAAAAGACGGUACGGCAACCAUCGACCAGCGAUGCGGGAGAUGGUCCUAAUGUAGAUUCACCAAAAUCGAAGUAAAUCGCAUUUUUGUUAUGAACUAUUUGUCAUCAAUCAAAGAGAACAACUAUGUUGUACAUUUCCUUUACGUUUAUUUAUCAGAGAAUAUGAAAUAAAUCGCGUCAGCGCUUGUA